AUGUCGGACGGUAUAUCGCACAGCGUCCGGCCACAGCGCGUCUCCUUACCGUUCGGUUUUCGCAAAGCACUGGAAGAGUGUCUGUCAAGCGCAUUUCGUGCGGGAUAUUCUCAAUCGGAUAUCCAUGAUGGCCUGGAUACUCUCCUCAAGGGAACCAAAAGAUAUGAAUUAGUCUUUGCUGAGCACGAACCAGGCUUCGACAAGGUAUCUGUCACUGAGCCGCAACCGGGGCGUCACGCCUGUCUCGUCUGUUGGAAGGGCUUCAGAGGGCAGAAUGAAAUGUUUCGACACGUCAAGGAGCAAUGCGUUGUCUUACGUCACUGGCGAUGCUCGGACUGCGGGCAAUCUUUCACACGAUGUGAUCAUUACAAGAAGCACCAUGUGCGCAAGCAUCACUGUAGCGUUGGAAAAUGCGAGCACGCCGACGCUGCGUUCGAAGAGGUGCCUGGCAAAGCAGCACUUGGUUGCGGCUUCUGCCCUGAUCAUCACCAAGACAUUACUAGCAUCGAAGACCUCGGACCGUUCCUCAAGCACCUAAGUAUGCACUUCGAGCAGGGUGCUAGUCGGGAAACUUGGAACCGACGCUAUCAGAUCCAGAACUUGCUUCGACAGGAGCGUUUAAGUGCCCUCUGGCAAAAUACGCGUCAUCUUGUCCCCGUUUCUCUGCGGGGUAGAGUAAAGAUAGUCUUGCAGAACUCAUCAGUCCAUGAGCUCGUUGAGAGGCUCGAGGGUCCUGGUAACGCGGAAGACCUUUGCGAUUACCUCUGCCAAAUCAUAAAUCGUACCCAGCCCUCGAUAGAAACGACUCCGAUAUACCAUCAAGAAGGGAUGCACCAAAUGGCGUCCUAUGGGGCCUCAUGGUUAAGUCUCGAGCAAAGGCAAACGGCUAUGAGCGGACCAUCUCAGACUCUGCUAACGGACCGCGUUGUUAACACACAACGAUACAUUAACAGCUGUGCCAGCACUGAAGGCUUACAUGGCGAUCCUCACGCAUUGAUCAGCGACGGUGGCCAGGUGGCUUCUGCAAUCGGACAGAACAUGAGCUGGACAAGCAACGCCUCUCCACAUACCGCUCCACGGCCGCUAUGUGAACGGCCAAGAUUCUCCACUACAAGUGGUGCUUCAUACGAGCCCCUUUCACCAUUCACGACGACACAUUCUACUUCGACGGAGAUGCUUCACCCUUGCAACCAGGCUCCGUUCCUUCCAUUUCAGUCCUAA